AUGAAUUAUUUCGCAGCCAAGUUCACCAAUGCCAAUAUUGCCCAAGAUGCGGCGCCCUACGACAGCUCUCUGUUUCUGGCCUUGAACGAGAAAAUUAGCAAAGUUCAGCCGUCUUCUCAUAAAAAUUUCAGUAUUGCACUUUUGAGUGCGAUGCUUGUUGCCCAGAAACGCGGAGAUGCAGUAUCCGCUCUGUUUCAGGAUGCAACGAAGGACGAGUCGGAUGAAAAUGUGAAGGAGACUUUUAUUCUUGUUCGAGAAGCUCUUGCACUUGCCGCGCCGUUUGUUGGAUUUCCUUCUUGCAUGCCAGCGGUGUUUGGUCUAGUUGGUGAGUUGCGAAAGCGAGGAAUCGACGAGGUUCCUACUAAGCCUAGGUUGAGAUUUGGGUUUGAUAAAUUUGAUUAUGCAACAGAGGGGGUGUCAGCAUUUCAGAAAGUCUACCGGGGAGUUGGCAAUAGUGAAGUGGGAAAGAUGCUGGAUCAGUAUUUCCCAGACAUCUCGUACUAUGCCAACACCGCCGUAUUCGGGUAUCUCCUUAGCGGUAAUAGCCUCCUUGCCCUUCAAGAAAAGGAGUUGGUCCUUGCUUCGGGAAUUUUCGCGCAAGGUGCGAUUCGUCAAUCACAAAGUCAUUGCAAAGCGGCUAUCCAACUUGGCAACAGAGUUGAAGUUGUCCAGGCACUGUCCGAUGCCAGCGUCGAGGUUGCAUUGUGGAAUAAGAAUCCUCUACCAGCAGUGAUUAAUGUUCGCCAGUUGGAAGAGGAAGUGAAGCGCAAUCUGGCUGCGCUGGGUGUGGAAAGCCAGUAA